CUAUGAGCGACUGCCGUCGUGUUUUCCCUCGCUACUGCGAAGUUGGUGAGAGCACUUGAGGAGUACCAUAUAGAAAAGGCGACGUUUGGCUCCCGCGGAGACCUGACGGCACAAUCAUACAAUCCUUUCCAAACCAGAGAUCCCUUGUUCAUUGAACCUUCUUUCAGCCCCUGAUCCGAUCUUCCUCGUUUCCGGAGGCCAAGCUAGCAUCACUACGUCGCUAUGGCGCAAAAGAACAUUGUUAUAGUUGGGGCCGGCGUUGCUGGACUGACAACAGCGUUGCUACUGUCCCGGGAACGUCGGUACAACAUUGUCGUGGCAGCCAAGCAUAUGCCCGGUGAUUAUGAUAUCGAAUAUGCCUCGCCUUGGGCGGGCGGCAAUUACAUGCCUGUUGGAGCUGCAGGCUCAAAACCAGCUGAAUACGAGAAGAACACAUGGGCUCCUCUGGAAGAUCUAGCACGGAAUCGUCCAGAGGCCGGAGUUCACUUCCAAGAAUGUCAUAUCUAUAGUCGUGCAAAGGAUGCCGACUCAGCAACGGCAGACUGGUUCAACGAAUUACUCUCGCCCAAAGCGUGGUUCAAAGAUGUCGUUCCAAAUUUCCGUCAGCUGCCUCAAAGUUCACUCAGUCCCGAGAUCAAGUCAGCGACAGCAUUCACGUCCGUCUGUAUUAACACGGCUAUCUACCUUCCUUGGCUGGUCUCACAGUGCUUGAAGAAUGGAGUAGUCUUCAAACGAGCGGGCUUCAAUCACAUCAACGAUGCCGCUUCGUCAAGUCUUUAUAAAGGUCAACAAGUCCAUCUUGUGGUCAAUUGCACUGGUCUCGGUGCCGCCAAGCUCGGCGGUGUACAGGACCAAACCGUCGUUCCCGCUCGAGGUCAGAUCGUAAUUGUACGCAACGUGGCUCCCAAUAUGCUUGCGACAUCUGGAACAGAUGAUGGGUCGGAUGAAGCCUUGUAUGUAAUGACCAGAGCUGCGGGAGGAGGGACCAUCCUUGGUGGUUGCUACCAGAAGGGGAACUCGGAUCCUCAAGUUGACCCUAAUCUUGCUGUGAGAAUCAUGAAGAGAGCUGUUGCAAUGUUCCCUGCCUUGACUGGUGGGAAGGGAAUCGAGGCUCUUGACAUUAUCAGGCACGGCGUUGGACUGCGGCCGGUGCGUGAGCGUGGCACUAGAGUCGAAAAGGAACGCAUCAACGGCGCCUGGGUUGUGCAUAACUAUGGUGCUGGCGGAGCAGGUUACCAAAACUCAUAUGGAUGCGCGCAGGCUGCUGUCAAGUUGGUCGACGAGGCUCUAAAACCGUCAGCCAGACUAUAAGUCCGAGGCAUAAAACUGUAUCGUGGUUUCAUGUGAACAAGCUACUAGUAUUGAUCAAUAGGAGUGGUACUAGUAAUAUCAUUGAUUGAGCGUGCAU